GGCAUGGGGGCCACUUCCUACAUGAUUUCUGCUCAGAGGAGAGAGAGAGCGGUCUUAGUUUGAACAAAAUGGCUGCAAGAACGCUGUCAACGAGAGCUCACUGAACGCAUUAUGACUGUCCACUCCUACGUUUGGAUUUUUCGAGAAUGUAUUUUCUUGGAUUCGUUUUUCAAUUUGCAUUCGUAGUAGCAAGGUCGUCGGUCAGAUGUUGUUGCUAACCUGCUAGCUCCUCAGCUAGCGGCCUAAACACAAAUUAUUUCAUUUUGCACUUUAACCCAAGUUUCCUAGCUAGCUAGCCAUUUUCGUCGACAAUUUACUGAAAUCUGCCUAUUUUCUUUCAUUUGCAAAUUACUCCUUACAACAGUCGAUGACUAAUGCCAACUAGCUAACGUUAACUCCGCUACUUUUUGAGUCGAAUUGUUUCUCUUGCUUUUUCGUUUUGCUGCUUUUUUCGAUAUUUUUUCUAUAUCGUGAUACUUUGACGUUUAGCAUGUUUUUUUCGUUGCGAAAAUUGUACUUUUAGUGCAUCGUUGCGCUGAAAUACAAAUUUCUUACUGUGUGUUUUUCAAGUAUCGAUCUCGGUAUUUUUUGUUAUGAAGCUGCUCAAACAGUUAUCCAGUCAGUAAGCCCCUGCAGCAGGAGAGCUGAACUUGGCUAAUGCUAGCUAGCUGGAGAACUGCGAAGACUGAAUUCCUGAUUUGUCAUUUACGGGUAUUUUUCGGAAAAGGCACAGGAGAAUGCUUUUCUGCAUCAUUCUCUGUCAUGCACCAACUCUGUAUUGAAAGCUGCCAAAGCUCAACGUGUGAUUACGCAAGCUGAGAGAAGCGAACAACACGAGAAGAGAACCAUUUGAUGGAAGAAAAUACAAAUAAAAAGCAAGAAAAGACCAAGAAGGAAGCUGCUCAGAAACAGGCUGCUGACACCAAAACCAAAGUGCCAGAGCCAGCUAAGCCCAGCCCCGGUCCCCUCCACCACCCCGCCACCAGUGUGACCCUACCCCAGGCCUCACACCCUCCCUCCUCCUCCUCCUCCUCCUCAGUCAGAACCAAUGGGAAGCGCGCCCCCCCUAGCACCCAGCAAACACCACAGCAGCUGACCCCACCUCCGCCUUCGUCGUCGGCCUCAGGCCCCCGCUACCCACCCCGUGAGGUGCCCCCGCGUUUCCGCCAGCAGGAGCACAAGCAGCUACUGAAGAGGGGUCAGCCACUGCCAGCCGGAGCCCUGAGUAGCCUCACCGUGACCCCUGCCUCUGACCCCGCUUCUUCCUCCUCCGCAGGCAAGCGCCACACAGACCUGCCCUUCCAGAGUGGUCCUGGUGCCCAGUAUGAGAAUCCCCACUGGGGAGCCUUACCACCAGCCACCGACCGCAGCAGCAGCACCACCGGUAGUAGCUGGGAUCAAGUGAUCAUCGACGGGAGCGACACCGAGGCCUGGCCCUCCAUCAGUCGCAGCAGCGUCAGCCGACCAGCGAAUCCUCCAGAAUGUGCCACAGCCGCUGACUGUACGAACCCAGAGACCAGCAGCAACAUGAGCAUGGCCGCAGGGGCUACUAGCCAGCAGGCCCACUACCCCUCCUCUCUCAAAGCUAACGUUGCUAACGUAGCUAGCAUGAUGCAGCCUGGCGGUGGCCAGGGAGUUGGAGCCAUCGGCAGCAGGGGCUGGGGUUCUGGACCAGGCCCCAUCACCAUGGGCCCCACUGAGGGAGCCAAAUCUGACGGCCUAGGGCCCAACAUGGGUCGGAGUGGAGGAGCACCCAGCUGGAACUCCCAGCCCAGCUUUAGCCUGAACCUGAACCCCAACGCCAACCCCUCGGCCUGGCCCGUGCUGGGGCAAGAGGGGGCUGGAGGUGGCCCGAACCCCGCCUCACUACCACCCAACGGUAGCCUGGGCAACGGGAGCCUGGGAGGGGACGAGAACAGCAGCAGCACCUGGGGAGGCAUGAUGAGCCCUGACGCCCCAAGCAGCAUGGAACACCCCAACCUUAACACUGACGGACAAAACAGCCACCACACUAAGCAGCCCCUCAGCCCCAUCCACGGGCUGCCUGGCUGGGGAGGCCAGUCCCCUACUGAGUCCUCCCAGCUCAACGGAGACGCAGGGAGCUCUGUCUGGGGCAACGGAGACACCAAGACAUCCGCUGACUCCUCCUCCAAGAACUCAGGCUGGGACUCAGCACCCUCCGGAGGCAUGUCCGGCUGGGGCCACUCUGGCAGCGGAGGAGGCGGGAGUGGCAGUGGAGAAGGAGGCUGGGGAGGAGACUGGGGGAAGCACUCCAGUGGUGGAGGAGAGGUCAAAGGAGGCUGGGAUUCCUCAGAUGGCCCAGCCCAGGACCAGCAGGUGAGCUCCUGGGGCCAGCCAACCCCGGCCCCGGCUAGUGAGGGUAGCGGGAGCGGUGGCAGCGAGGGGCGCUCCCAUCGCAGGGAGAGGACUGGCAGCGAGGACGGAGGCCCCCCUCCCCUGCCUCGGCAGGACCUGGACCGUGUGCUCUGCAACACAGGCUGGGGCCAGACGCCUGUCCGCCAGCACACCUCCUGGGAGAUGGAGGAGCAGCGUGCCGCCAACGAGAGGAAGACCAGCGAGAUGAGGGGAGGCGGUGGAGGGGACACUUGGAGGGGCUCCAACAGCCCCUCUUCCGGAUCCCCACCGGACCCCCGGAACGGGGGAGCCAACCCCAACCUGGGACCAUCUCAGAGGCCAGGCUCAGGGGGCUCCGGACGCAAGAGCGAGGGCCCCUCAGGCUGGGGAGGCCCUCAACCCUCAGGCUGGGGGGAGCAGCCUGUCAACAAGGCCCCCAACGGUUCCGUCAGUGGCUGGGGGGACCCCAUGGCCCAAGGCCCCAACACCACAAACAAUGGUCCAAAGAGUGGAGGUCAAUCCUGGGGUGUCCCUGAGAAGUCCUCCCCUACCUGGGACGACGGGCCAGCCAAGACCCAGCAGAACCAGAGUUGGGGAGAGGGGCCCAAGUCGUCCUCCCAUGGCUGGGGCUCUGGCCAUGGAAGUGGCAGCAAUGGCUCCAAUGGAUCCAACGGCUCCAACGGUGGAGAGUGGAGAGAACCGGCCGAGGUGAAGAAGAAUGGGUCCUCCAGCCACAUGUGGGAAGGAGAAGGAGGAAAUGGACGAGGAGAAGGAGGAAAUGGACGAGGAGAAGGAGGAAAUGGACGAGGAGGAGGAGGGUGGAAGGACAGCCCCAGAGGGGGUGGAGGAAAUGGGAGUGGCUGGGGGUCGAAGCCUGCCCCUGCUGUUGGAGUUGGUGGCUGGGGGGAGACCCAGACCCAGCACCCCAACGGCCCAGCACCAGGAUGGGGCUCCAAGCCCCAGGAAAGCCCCAACGGCCCAGCACCAGGAUGGGGCUCCAAGCCCCAGGAAAGCCCCAACGGCCCAGCACCAGGAUGGGGCUCCAAGCCCCAGGAAGGCCCCAACGGCCCAGCACCAGGAUGGGGCUCCAAGCCCCAGGAAGGCCCCAACGGCCCAGCACCAGGAUGGGGCUCCAAGCCCCAGGAAGGCCCCAACGGCCCAGCACCAGGAUGGGGCUCCAAGCCCCAGGAAGGCCCCAACGGCCCAGCACCAGGAUGGGGCUCCAAGCCCCAGGAAGGCCCCAACGGCACAGCACCAGGAUGGGGCUCCAAGCCCCAGGAAGGCCCCAACGGCCCAGCACCAGGAUGGGGCUCCAAGCCCCAGGAAGGCCCCAACGGCACAGCACCAGGAUGGGGCUCCAAGCCCCAGGAAGGCCCCAACGGCACAGCACCAGGAUGGGGCUCCAAGCCCCAGGAAGGCCCCAACGGCACAGCACCAGGAUGGGGCUCCAAGCCCCAGGAAAGCCCCAACGGUCCUUCGCCAGGAUGGGGCUCCAAGCCUCAAGAAAGCCCCAACUGCAAUAGUGGAGGAGGUGGACCAGGAGGAAGCAGCAUGGGGUCCUGGGGCGGCCCUGCAUCUGUAAGGCAGAGUUCCAACCCCGGCUGGGGCCCGGGGAGCUCCGGAGCCAAACCCGACCCAGCGAUGGAGCCCACCGGCUGGGAGGAACCCUCUCCUCCCUCCAUCCGCCGCAAGAUGGAGAUCGAUGACGGCACAUCCACCUGGGGAGACCCCAGCGCCUACAACAAGACUGUGAAUAUGUGGGACCGCAACAACCCCACUGGAGGUAACGGUAACCAAGGCAACAACCCCACCCAGCCGCCAACCAGCAAGAGUAGCGGAGGCUUGACCGUCAACAACAGCCACAACAACCAUUCCUCCGUCCCACCUAGCAACAACAAUCACCACCACAUGAACCACCACCACCUGCACCACGGACAGCCCCCGCCACACAGCCAGCACCACGGCAACAACAAUGGAUCCGCCAACACCGCCGCCCCGCACCAGGGCGGAGGACCCCAGGGCAGACCACCUAUGGCCAACCCAGGCUGGGGGGAGCUGCCUAGUGUCCAGCAGCCCAAGCCAGAGCCAGCGUGGGGGGAGCCCGCUGGCCCCUCUCCUGCAGUGGACAACGGCACCUCUGCCUGGGGCAAACCCCCUGGUGUUCCUGGAGGCUGGGGCGAUGGGGGGCACGAGCCCAAUGGACCCUACAGGAGGGGAAACAACGGACCCUCUGGACCUGCACCCUGCAAGCCAGCCCUCAAAUCUAUGCAAGACGGUUGGGGAGGCGGGAGGGAGGAGGAGAUGGGCAUGUCUUCUGGCCAAUGGGAUGCUGACGCUGGAGAAAUGUGGAACAGCCCCGCCUCCCAGGAGAGCAGCUCCUCCUGUAACUCGUGGGGCCAGCCACCCAAGAAGGGCCCGCCCAAGGGCAAGAUGGGCAACCAGCCAGACGAAGCCUGGAUCAUGAACCGUCUCAUCAAGCAGCUCACUGACAUGGGCUUCCCGAGGGAUCCUGCUGAGGAGGCUCUGAAGAGCAACAACAUGAACCUGGACCAGGCCAUGAGCGCUUUGUUGGAGAAGAAGACUGAACUGGACAAGCAUGGCAUGGGCAUGUCAGACUACAACAACGGGAUGAACAAGCCGUUGGGUUGCCGUCCCCAGGCCCUCUCCAAAGACCCCUCCUCGGACCGCAGCCCAUUCCUAGACAAGGACGGUGGUCUGUCAGAUGACGCCUCCCCCUCACCGUUUCUGCCUUCUCCCAUCAGCCUGAAGCUCCCCCUGGUUAACAACCUGCAGCCUGGGCUGGCCCUGGGCUCCCCGGGGCUCAACAUGCAAAACUUAAACAACAGACAGAUGCAGAGUGGAAUGUUGGGCAGUAGUGGAGCAGCACUAUCCCGGGCCAUGCAGCAGCCUCCUCAGCCGCCAGUGCCGCCUCUCGGCUCCUCCCAGCCUAGUCUACGCGCUCAAGUGCCUCAGUUUCUCACCCCUCAGGUUCAAGCACAGCUCUUGCAGUUUGCUGCAAAAAACAUUGGUCUGAACCCUGCACUUUUAACCUCACCAAUAAACCCUCAACAAAUGACCCUGUUGUACCAACUUCAGCAACUGCAAAUGGCGUACCAGCGUUUACAAAUCCAGCAGCAGAUGAUGCAAGCUCAGCGCAACGUCUCCGGUCCCAUCAGACAACAAGAGCAGCAAGUUGCACGUACAAUCAAUAACAUGCAGCAGCAGAUCCAACAGCACCAGCGUCAGCUGUACCAGGCCCUGCUGAUGAAGCAGCAGCCCCCCGGCUCUCACUCCUCCUCCGGCCUGCACCCCGGCCAAGGCAAAUCAGCCCUGGACUCGUUCCCAGGCCACCCCCAGGCUCCGGGCCUCUCCGACCUGCACACCAAAGAGCCGCAUUCUUCUCCCAAUUCCUACAGCCCCUACCCCCUCUCUGGACUCAAUCCAAACAUGAAUGUAAACUGCAUGGAGGUGGGGGGCCUGUCCAUGAAGGAGCCUCCCCAGCCCCAGUCCCGUCUGUCCCAGUGGACCCACCCCAACUCCAUGGACAGCCUCUCUGGAAACUCCUCCCACAUGGAGGCCAACCUCAAUAAGCACGGUGCCAUUUCUGCUGCUUCUAAUCUGGGCCCCCCUGGAAAGCCCCCCCACAUGGAUGACUCCUACAGCCCCUACAGUAUGAUGGGUGGGUCUGAGUCCCCCACCUCCCCCCUGGUUCCCCCUGACAGCUGGGGCCAGGGACCGGGAAAGAGCCCCAAGGACCAGAUCACCAACGGAACAAAUAUCAACUGGCCCCCAGAGUUCUGUCCAGGCGUGCCCUGGAAGGGCCUGCAGAACAUUGACCCUGAGAAUGACCCCAACAUGACCCCAGGAAGUGUUCCCAGCGGCCCCACCAUCAACACCAACAUCCAGGACGUCAACCGCUACCUGCUCCGGGACCGCAGCGGAGGUAAACUAUCUGACAUGAAGUCCACCUGGUCCCCGGGGCCCAUCUCCCACCCCUCCCAGGCCUCUCUGUCCCACGAGCUGUGGAAGGUCCCCCAGGGGCCCCGCAACAACACAGCCCCCUCCAGGCCACCUCCGGGCCUAACCAACCCCGCCAAGCCCUCUUCCACCUGGGGAGGAAACUCCCUGGGCCUGGCCCAAGGCUGGAGCAGCUCAUACACCUCAGAGGGCACAACCUGGAGCACAGACAGCUCCAACAGGACCAGUAGCUGGCUGGUACUGAGGAACCUCACCCCCCAGAUAGACGGCUCCACCCUGCGGACGCUGUGCAUGCAGCACGGCCCCCUCAUCACAUUCCACCUCUUCCUGACCCAGGGAAACGCUGUGGUUCGAUACAGCUCCAAGGAGGAGGCUGCCAAGGCACAGAAGUCCCUGCACAUGUGUGUGCUGGGGAACACCACCAUCCUGGCAGAGUUCGCCGGGGAGGAGGAGGUGAACCGCUACUUUGCACAAGGCCAGCAGCAGCUCCCGCCCACCACCAGCUGGCAGCCCAACCCCGGCACCAAUCAGACGCGCAUGGGCGGAGGCUCGCAGCAGCACGCCAUUGGCCAUCACUGGAGCAGCGGCGGCAGUGGCGGCCUGGGGGGAGGAGCCAAGACCGGCGGAGGCGGAGACCUGCUGUGGGGGGGCGUGCCCCAGUACUCCAGCCUGUGGGGGCCCCCUAGUGGCGAUGAUAGUCGCGGCGUCAUCGGGAGCCCCAACCCCAUCAACACGCUGUUGCCAGGCGACCUGCUGAGUGGAGAGUCCAUGUAGGACAACACACUAACAAACCAACCAUGAGGAUGGAUGUUUCAACGCUGGAACAGACAGUGGAAAAAUAAUAAUAAAUACACAAAAAAAAUGACAAUGAACAGGAACAAAACCAAGCAAAUCAUGUGGCGAUAAUCAGUAUCAACGGAACUGUGAAUCGUGUACCGGAAGGCUGGGGGCGACGACACAAGAGUGCUGACCCCUACGCCCUUCGGUUUUUACGUUGUUUUUUUUUUUCUCUUCUUUUAAGUUGACUUUUUAAAAGGGUAUUUUGUUUUUAGUAUUUGAUAAAUGUUGGAAGCAAACAGAAAUUAAAUGCCGAAAAGACUCAAUGAAGAGAGAACCAUUAAGUGUUUUUAAGUUUUCCAUGAAUAUCGCACAUUCUGUGUGAAGUGUUUUUUAGGAGAAGCAAUCGAAGAAGCUGCCAUUUUGAAUCUUUCCUUUGCCCACGAAACUCCAAAUUGAUUACAGAAAUACCAUUCCCAGCAUGCCCGUGGCCAAUGAUGUGGCUCAAAGACCUUUUACUUAUGUUAUUGUUUUGUUUCCAAGCACUAAUAUUAGCCUUAAGUGCUCUACUGCAGCCCAGGUCCUCCUUCAAUCUCAAGCCUUUUUCAUUGUUUUGAAACUGAAGAAAAAUAGUGUGAGUUUGAAAGCUUGCACAGUUCCCAUCUCUGAGCCAGUGAAUGGAACAGAACAAGUGUGAUCAACCAAGGUCAUAUUCACUAGGAACGAAACGGAAGCAAGCGGACUGAAACUGAGGGACUACCUGAACUUUGUCCAAUAAGAAAUGCUUGUUUUCACAUGCUGUUGCAAAACGUUUUGCCACGUGUGCACCUAAUGAAUAUGACCCCCAAGUCACUCGGCAGUAUGAGGCCUGUCAACACUGACCCAACCAAUCAUCAGUUAAAACCUUUUUCCGUUUUUUGGUCUUUCAUUUGUUCUUAAAGGGAUUUACACUGCUGUUUUUGUUCUUUUUGUAUAUCAGGCGCAUUUUUAUAUCUAGCGCAACAUAAGCUGAGAGAUUAUUACACAUCGACCGACCUAGCUGCGUCUGUUUUAUGUGUGUUCUUGAGUAUAUGUCUGAUGGAACCUAAUCAUUCACGUCUGGGAGUUCAGAUUACCACUGCUCAGAAGAACUACGACUUCAGCUAUACUCACCUAACGGGACUUACAGGUGCUUCUUGUCAAUUGUUAACAUUUAGUCGGUUCCGUUGUUGACCCUCUCGUCCCCAUUAUGGUCCACCAGUUUCUGGAAACGACGACAAAAAAAACCCGCUUCAACUUGAUGUGACAGUUACAUUGUGCAAUAUAUACGCCACAGACCCUUCUUCCGUCCACGCUCAAGUCGAAAUAGGAACUGGUUACUUUACAUUUUUCGUUCUUGAUUUUUGUUGUCAUUGAUCAAAGCAAAGAACUUAAGAACUCCAGAAACUUUACCUUUUCUAAUUUUUGAUUCCCACCAGGCCACCCCCUUGACCCCCCCCCAUGAAAAACAGUUGCGUUAACUCUUGCCGGAGAGGAGGAGCGAGGAUGGUGUUACUAUUAUAACUGUGUGUUCAGAAACUGUCUCUGCAGCCCUGAAACUCCUCAUACGUACACAUUGAACUGGGGUACAUGAGAAGGCACCAUCAGAAAGCCCUUCCUCUCCACGUUGCCACAGCCACACCGAACAGACUGAAUCCAGAUGGGGGAGUCACUGGAGGGGCACUGGAGAUCUGGCACAAUACCAAAUAAGAGGGGUUUAUCCUAAUGCAGUAGAUCUACUACGAGUGUUCCUUGUAUUUGGUACUGUACUCAAAUGUAAAAGAUAGACUAGGUAACCUUUUGUCUAUUUCAAAGGGUUUUAUCAUAGCACUUAUGAAGAGAGCUAAACGCUUCAACUUGCAAACCAAUAAAUCAGAAAAAUGGAGCAGCAACUUUGAAAACUGAAAAAAAGACAAAAUAACUCUUGCUCUUUUUUUGUACUGUAUCUAUACUUGGAAAUAACCUCUGGCAUUUGUUUGUUCCUCUUUGGUCCAAGGACUUGUAUGAACUUUGAAAUGGUAGCAGGAUGAAGAAGGAAAAAAAGGAAGUCUACUUUUAUCUGACAAAAAAAAAAGUCUGCGGUGUUUUUUUUUUUCUAAAGACAUUUUCUUUUAACUAUAUCAAAAUGAAUAUCACUGUUACUCCAAAAUGUUUAGCCUUUUUCUUGUCUGGAGACGCUAGACAUGCAAUGUUACCUGUCUCCGGCCAACGGUCUGUCGGAGUGGGGAGGGGACGGUCACGGUCCACUGAGUGCCUCUCUGCUGUGGUGCCCAUGGCGAUGGUCGCUAGGCAAGGCUACCCCCACAGCAGCAUUUCCUCCUGGGCUGGCACCAAGCUCUCCCAUUGGACACCCUCAGCCCGGCAGGAAACCAUGCUCCCUCCAAGACUGGCCAAUCAGCACGGAGCUAGCUAGCUAACGACUGCGCCAGCAGCACUCGACCUCGUCUCAACCAACCCUCUCCAUUUCCCCUAAUCUUCUUUCACACAAAGAUCACUUUAGCUGGAAGUCAAGAGACAGUCAAAUUUCUGGAAUUUUGCCAGUGUUUGAUGAAUUUUAUUUAGUUUUUGUUUGACGUUAUGUAUUUCUUCAUUUGUUAUUUUUGUCUACAUGCAGUGGUCUUUUCAAGAUGGCUGCUUGAAACUAGCCCUUUUCACUGUUCAUAUGCAGAAACACUUUGGUCAGAGGUGCCUCUGUAUGUACAUCCUGUGUAUUGAAUGCAAACGAGGAUCAAUACUACAGCCCGUCAUUGAUUGUCUAUUAUUAGUUAGUAUCUUAACUGAUUGAUUGAUCAUUGCUUUGUUUUGGACAGUAUUCUGUAGUACUUCCAGGUAGUAUCUCAAGACGUGUAAGUUAGACCAAUAGGGUGUCUCAGAUGGGUGAGUGUGUCCUGCCUGACCCUAGCUGCUCCACCUGGGUUCCACCAGGGCUGUCCCCUCUCGCCCCCUCACACAGCUGCUACGCUACACCCUCCAGUCCCCUCCAAAGCAACCAACCUAGACCACGGCCAUCCCCUUGACCAGACAAAAACAGCGACUCAGUUCUGUUUCUAUGCAAAAGACUAGAGGCUGCGGGCCCUUUACAGCCAACGUGCUAAUCCUGCCUUAAGGGUUGAGCACCGACUCACAGAGCUAGAGCCAACAACCUCCUGCUGUAUGUACCCUUCAGCACUUAGAAUAUGUCUGCUCCUGGUCCUUAUAGCUGGGUUUAAACCACAACACUGUCGUAUUCUGAACUUCCACCCUCCCUCUAUGGGGAGUUAGUACCACUGGAGUGGAGGUAUAGUAGGUCUCUCUUUACUGUGCUGAAGACUGAUCUCCUGUCAGCUUGAUCUCAGGGUAGGAGACGACGUUAAAAGAUGCAGCUCUCUCUGUAUGUAUGUCCUUUUGCUGUAGUGUAAGAGAGCCAAGUUCUACACUAACUAAUGGCAAGCUGUGCAGUAGUACUAUAGACUUGUUUUGGCUGGAGAAUUGUUUUUGGGAACGGGAUAGUAAUGAAUUCCCUUCCCAACUAUAGGCCUACUGUAAUGUUACAAUGUAGAGGCCCAUUCUGCAUGUAAGAUGCCAAUGUUAUCCAAUGUGCCAAUACAAUAAAAUAUAUAGAUCUCGUAAACUAGCCCAUGUUAUACGAUCUGGAGAAAGAGCUCUUCUCUUCCCAGGAUGGAGGAUCUUUGAUAACCUUUGUGAUUGAGGCAGGGGGGCAGGAGGGAUCAAACAGAUGGGUGGGGGCAACACACCUCAUCCUGAACUACUGAGAUAAUAUGGCCAGGUCUCAAAUGGCACCCUGUUCACUAUGUAGUGCAUUAUAUAGGGACAUAGGGUGCCAUUUGUGGGGAAUGCCCCGUUGUUGAGGAUAAAAUCUUUACUGAGUUUGGGGGAUCCAAGUAUCCUACGGUGCAGUCAGUUUGAUGUUGGGUAAUCCUGGGUACAUAUUUUUUUAAACCAAAAAUGAAAUUCUUGCAUUUUAACGUCAUUUUAAUAUGAAGUUUGACACAAAAUCUAAAAAUAAAAAAAAAUAAAAACGGACUAAAAUAAAUAAAAGAUCUAUAAUAUGUUAACUAAAGCUCUGCACUUCUAGCUGAAAUGUCUCCAUCCAGCAACCUCUAACUUCUACCAUCCAGGGAGUCAGAAUGCAGGCUGGGGAGCCUUUCUGUGGAUGCUGUAUUUAUCCUAUUUGUUAGUGUUUCCGCUCAAAGCGGACCCACAACUGUAUAUUUCCACAGACCCAGAUGGCUUCGGGCCCACUGUAUCAGCCCAGGUCGCUCGCCUCACUGUGUCUGCGGUGGGCAACGAGAGGGAGCACAUUUCAAAAGGUACAAAGUCUUUAAAAAAAAAACUAAAAUGGGAUAAGGCUACCUUUUUGGGACUCUGUUCGGCGUCCUGCAGCACACUAGCAAAAAUCACUAUUGCCUGUUUCUGUAACUGCCUUGAUCCAAGCUCAGAGAGACCAAUUAGCCAGGUGGGGGCCUCCAAACGUCCGCUCGGUGUGUGAGCACCAGCACUGAGGGGCACGCCGUGCUCGCUACUGCUUAAACUAUAGAUAUAUACGGAUAUGUACGUACGGUGUGUGGUAGGUAGCACAUCAACAGACACCUUGGAUCUCAAUCUCUGAAACCUUUUUAUUCCUUUUAAAAGGUCUGGGUUCAAUACAAACUGAAGAUGAGCAAUAUGUAUUCCCCCCCGCAAAUAAGUGAUACGAAGGAAAUGGAAUGGGGUUAGGGGUUAAACUGGUACUUGAUGGAUCAUGAGUAAUGUCUUUCCUACCUGGAGUUGGAUAUGCAUGUUCUGGAUUUAUGAACAUAUUACAGUAAGUACCUUGAACUACUUGUACUGUAUGUGAAUUUGUCUAAACAACCCAACCUGAAAUCACCUGUUUUUUUUUAAUGCAUACUUUCCCAGUAGAGAAAAAUAUCAUUAAACAUAUCAACACAAAAAUAUAAACACAAAUACUUGAAUCAAGGAGCGCCAAUAACGUAAUGUGAAGUCUUUUGUAAAAAAAUUAAAAAAGGAAAAAAAACAAACAUUUUGACUAGUACAUUUCCAAGCUUUUUGAGGUCAUCAAUUUAAAAAUAUAUAAAAAAUAAAGAUUGGAGAAAAAAAGUGCAAAAAUCAUUUGGUUGUGUGCUUGAAAGUCAAAUGUAUGUGUGCAAACAACUGUGUGCUUGGCAGGCUUAGGACUGCUGUCAUGUUCCAUUCAGUAUGUUGUGUAUUGACAUUGUUGUCUGUUCUUUUAUUCAGUUUAUUUUUUGCUUGUCAAAACUAUAUUCUGAUAGACAUUGUUAUCUUCUAACAUUGCACUGAGUGUCUUCUACCCCUCACUCAGCUAAUCGUAGACAAACGAGGGGAGAGGGUGACAAUUCAUGUGUAAAUGUUUACUCAAGGACUUAAUGGAAAAAAAGUUUUUGUUUUAUCUGUAUACUGUUUAUCUACCUUUAGUGGCUUUUAUUGUGGAAUAAUCCAAAAUAAGGAUUAUCAUUGAGUAUUGCACCAUUUUGUUCUGAUUACAUACAAAUGUAAUGAAAAAAAAGAUCUAAGAAUUGUGGCCAUAGAUAGUAGGACUAGUAAUCCCUAUGUUCACUUCAUGGAGAAAUGGAAAGGGAUAAUGUGGGGAGAUGAGUUUGUUACAGGACUCAUUUCAGAGGUGCCUAUCUUUUUUUCUUUUUUUUUGCAUAGCCACCCGUCGUUUACAAACAUUUCAUUUGUCUGAAGUUGAGGAAAAAGGAAUUUAUAAGAAAUGUUGAAAAAGACAAAUUCCAUCUUCCAUCAAAAAAAAUAUGAACAUAAAACAAACUUUGCAAAAUGAAGAUUUAUGCUACUUUCAGAACUCUGGGAUUGAUCAGUUGUCGUAUUUCAAUUUUUAAUUUCUCUUUUUGAUGUCGACAGACUGUAUGUAUUGAUUGAUUUAUUUGAAUUUUGUCUUGUAAAAAGACAACGCAAUUUGCUCACUAUCUUGCACACUCGUAAAGAUGUGGAUCUUGUCUCGGGAAGGCCAGGAUUUCCAGAGUUCAAACUCCACAAUUUGUAUUUAAAUUUGAGAGUUUUAAAUUACAAUAACUUUUGAGAAAUUUAACUCCAGGCACUGAAAGUUAGGGAUUUAAAUAGAAUAUGAUAUACCAUUGCUUCUAAAAAUCCAUAGCGGUUACAUAAUUUACCAAAUAAAUGACUGAAAAUGAACUUUGAGAGAGAAAAAGUGGAGUGCUUUACAUGUAAAAUCGCUUUACAUUUAAACAAAAUUGAUCAAUGGUUUUAAUUGUCUAAAGUUUUACUUAUGCAUUUUCUUUGGAGGUUCCAUCCUGUAACGUUCAGGAGCCUUGUGCAUUACUGUCUCUGUUCCUGUGGCAGGUAUUCAAUGAGUUAAGAGAUUCUGUCUAAUAGAUGGUUUUCAGGAGACAGAUUUGAAGUGGGGGGGGGAUAGCUGGUUUUUAAAGGAUCAUGAUCUAUGCACAAGUGGGAGGGAGAGUCCAGGCCUGCUUUUCUCUUGGGGCCCGGGACUCGUACACUGGGGUUCAGGGUUUGAUGUAGGGGUGUGUCUUUGUGCUACAAAUUUGCUAUGUUUAGAUUUUCUCCCCCCAUCAGAUUUAUGGCAGAACUUUGUAUUGCUUCGCCAUGCUGUGUAAUCCUUAAGAAAUGAGCGCUUAUCCUUCUGCUAAAGCACUGUGGGUUAUACUGAGAAAAAGCCCAUGACUUUUAAGGCAGUCUGGUUUUUGUAAGUGGGGGAGGAAGUGGUACUUUCUUUUUAUUUUAAAAAACAUUACGGAGUAGUGUCUGUACUGAGAAAGUUGUGGCUUUUAAUGUUUUUUUUUUUUCUCCUCAUAGAAUGUGAUUGUUAAUGACAUGCACCGGAAAAAACAUGUUUCCAUGUGUUAUGGAGCUUCUUUCGGACUAUAUUAAUAAAUUGACUUUUCUUGGCUGUUAAAAA